AUGGGUAAACCGAUCAUCGAAAACAGGGUACUUUACUACCCUGUAAAGCCUCUCGCUUUCUUCUCCGUAAUCUUCAUCCUCACCGUCUACCUCGUCCGCACAAGCAUGAUCACCACCACCGCCGUCCCUCUCCCUUCCUCCCCUUCCUCCGAGCCCCACCACCGCCGCCGCAGAAUCAUCAAGUCGUCGUCGUCGUCGUCCGACGAAGAUUCCGGUCAAUACCCAGAAACCUACCUAGUCCCUCCGACGAACCUCACAACACAAGAUAGAAUCAACUGGUUCAGAUCCAACCUCCCUGCAUUCCAGAUCCUGAAAUCGGACAACCUGACGAGCAGAUUCCACAAUCGAGCCCGCCGGUUCCUGCUCCGAAACCGAUGCGAGCUCCGAUUCUUCAUGACGUGGAUCUCCCCUGCCACUUCGUUCGGAAACAGAGAGUUUCUAGCAAUGGAGUCCCUGUUCAAGUCGAAUCCCGACGGGUGCCUCGUCCUCGUCUCGCGAUCGCUGGAUUCGCGAAGCGGCCGCGGAAUCCUGAAGCCGCUCCUCGAUCGCGGCUUCAGGGCUGCGGCAUUCGCCCCCGAUUUAUCCAACCUGCUCCGCGGCACGCCCGCGGAGCGGUGGUUCGAGGACAUGAAAACAGGGGAGAAGGAUCCAGGGGAGAUUCCCCUGCCUCAGAACCUCUCGAACCUCGUCAGGCUCGCCGUGCUGUACAAGUACGGCGGGGUCUACCUCGACACGGACUUCAUCGUGAUGAAGAGCUUCCGUGGGCUGCGAAACUCGAUCGGCGCGCAGAGCGCCGAUUCGACCGAGAAGUGGACCCGGUUAAACAAUGCCGUCCUGGUUUUCGACAAGAGCCACCCUCUGCUUCUAGAUUUCAUGGCGGAGUUCGCCGCGACUUUCGAUGGGAGCAGGUGGGGACAUAACGGUCCGUAUCUCGUGUCGAGGGUUGUCGACAGGGUUGGAAAUGGAAGCUCAGGGAGGAGGAAUUUUACGAUUAUGCCGCCGAUGGCGUUUUAUCCGGCGUACUGGAGUAAGAUCGGCGGGUACUUUAGGAAGCCGGCGACGAAGUCGGAUUCGAGGUGGGUUUCGGCCAAGCUAAUUCAGUUGAGUGGGAAGACAUUUGCGGUUCAUCUGUGGAAUAAGGAGAGCAGGAAUUUCAGGAUUGAAGAAGGGAGCAUCCUGUGGAGCUUGAUCUCCCGCCAUUGUAUCAUUUGCCAAGGGAUUUACCGAUAG